AUGUCUCAAACACAUUCAGGAAUGGAUCCCACCAAGAUGGGUGCUGGACGAGCUAUUGCUGUCCUAACCUCAGGAGGGGACGCCCAAGGAAUGAAUGCUGCAGUGAGGGCCACAGUCAGAGUCGGCCUGUACACGGGAGCCAAAGUCUUUUUUGUUCAUGAGGGGUAUCAGGGCCUGGUUGACGGAGGUGACCAUAUUCGACCUGCUACCUGGGAGAGUGUUUCUAUGAUGCUACAGCUGGGUGGUACAGUCAUUGGCAGUGCCCGCUGCAAGGAUUUUCAGACUAAAGAGGGACGCCUUAUGGCUGCCUGCAACCUGGUCAAACGGGGUAUCACCAACCUGUGUGUUAUUGGUGGAGAUGGUAGUUUGACUGGUGCUAAUCAGUUCCGCACAGAGUGGAGUGACUUGCUGGCAGAUCUGGUCAGCAAAGGCAAGCUCACUAAAGACGAGGCUAAGUCAGCUUCUCAUCUUAAUAUUGUGGGAAUGGUUGGAUCCAUCGACAACGACUUCUGCGGCACAGACAUGACUAUUGGGACGGACUCGGCUCUUCACCGCAUCAUGGAGGUUGUGGACAGCAUCACUACCACAGCUCAGAGCCACCAGCGUGCCUUUAUUCUAGAGGUCAUGGGAAGGCAUUGUGGUUACCUGGCCCUGGUUACUGCUUUGGCCUGUGGUGCUGACUGGGUGUUCAUUCCAGAGAUGCCACCAGAUGAUGGCUGGGAGGACCACUUGUGCAGGAGACUGAUGGAGACUAGAAACCGGGGAUCUCGUCUGAAUGUGAUAAUCGUCGCUGAGGGAGCCAUGGGUCGAGAUGGCAAACCUAUUACCUGUGAUCAGGUCAAAGAGCUAGUAAGUAAGAGGCUGGGCUAUGACACGCGCACCACUAUACUCGGCCACGUUCAGAGAGGAGGCACUCCGUCAGCUUUUGACAGAAUCCUGGGCAGCAGGAUGGGAGUGGAGGCUGUAAUGGCUCUUCUGGAGGCCACACCUGAAACACCAGCCUGUGUGGUCUCACUGUCUGGAAACCAGGCGGUCAGAUUGCCCUUGAUGGAAUGUGUACAAGUUACCAAAGAUGUUACAGUUGCUAUGAAAGAGGGCAGAUAUGAUGAUGCCUUGAAACUCAGGGGAAGGAGCUUUGAAAAUAACUGGAACACGUACAAACUGCUGGCACACGUGCAUCUCCCAGACGUCAAAAGUAACAUUAAUGUGGCCAUACUGAAUAUUGGAGCACCUUGUGCUGGCAUGAACGCGGCUGUACGAGCUGCUGUCAGGAUCGGCAUCGUUCAGGGCCACUGCAUGUUCGCUGUACAUGACGGAUUUGAGGGUUUAGCUCAGGGAAGGAUUGAGCCUAUCACUUGGAACACUGUUGGAGGCUGGACUGGAAAAGGAGGCUCAGUUUUGGGCACCAAAAGAACUCUUCCAGCAAAGCACAUCGAGGAGAUUAGCCUGAACAUCGCCAAGUUUAACAUUCAUGGUCUGGUCAUCAUAGGAGGAUUUGAGGCAUACUCAGGUGGGCUUGAGCUUGUCCAGGCCAGAGAGAGGUAUGAGGAGUUGUGUAUCCCUAUGGUGGUCAUUCCGGCUACCGUCUCCAACAACGUUCCUGGAUCAGACUUCAGCAUUGGAGCUGAUACUGCCCUGAACACCAUCACCACGACAUGUGACAGGAUCAAACAGUCGGCUGCUGGCACUAAACGGCGGGUGUUCAUCAUUGAGACUAUGGGUGGAUACUGCGGCUAUCUGGCCACCAUGUCCGGCCUGGCUGCAGGUGCUGAUGCUGCAUACAUCUAUGAGGAUAAAUUUAACAUCUGUGAUUUGGAGACAAACGUAGAACAUCUGGUGCAGAAAAUGAAAACUACAGUUAAGAGAGGUCUGAUUCUCAGAAAUGAGAACUCUAAUGCCAACUACACCACUGACUUCAUCUUUAACCUGUACUCAGAGGAAGGGAAGGGGGUAUUUGACUGUCGUAAGAACGUACUCGGACACAUGCAGCAGGGUGGUACACCAACUCCAUUUGACAGAAACUUUGCCACUAAGAUGGGUGCUAAGGCGGUUCUCUGGCUUACUGAUAAGCUGAAACAGUGUUACAGACACGGGCGAAUUUUUGCCAACACCCCAGACUCUGCGUGUGUGUUGGGCAUGAGAAAAAGAGGAUUGAUGUUCCAGGCUCUGGCUGAGCUGAAGGAGCAGACUGAUUUUGAGCACCGUAUUCCAAAGGAUCAGUGGUGGUUAAAAUUGAGGCCAAUUCUGAAGAUCCUGGCCAAGUACAAGAUCAACCUGGAUACCUCAGAACAUGCUCAUAUGGAGCACAUUAUCACCAAAAGAGCUCCCGUUUCACUGUCGGGGAAAAUGUUAUAGAGACUGAGAGAGGGGGGGAGAGAGAAGGACAGUAAUACUAUACAUUAAGGGUCAAAUAUUAAUAAUUUAGUAUGCUGUUACACCACAGAUGACCAAUAAUUGAUUUGGUUCCAUUCAGCAGCCUUGAAGAAAAGACAGUGAUCAUUUUUGGCAUUUUCAUUUCCUUCAUAUGUGCAGUUGUCAGACUACAAUUAAAGCCAAGCGUUUAGAUACAUUUGUUACAUAUUUAGUGGUAGUCCUGGGAUUUAAAUAAUUUCUGUAACUGUUAUUAUUCUGAAGCUGAAUUUGAAUUAAAAUAGUCAAGCAAGUUUUACACCACCAUUCAUGCUUAGAGGCUGCUGUGCAAGAAAGAAGCCCCUGCUUUAGCACAUUAGCUUAAUUUACAAGACUAAUACAUUCGUACAAACCGAAUAGAUAUUUAAUGAGUAUAUAAACUAUUAAAUACUGAUCAGUCAUUAACAGACCUGAUGACUCAUUGUUAAAUGCUUAAUAUAUCAUGAGGUAGUAACUUAGUAAUUACUUAUUUACAUUAUAAUGAAUUAUUCAUUAUUAGAGUGGCAUAAAUUAUUAAUAUGAAACCCUUUAAUGUUCUACCAAAAAAUCUGUGCAAACAAAACCACGCAUUUGCUCUUUAAUGUGCCACUAGUUUUUAUAGUCGCACAGAGUAGUUCUCACUUCUAUCUUUCUUUUAUUCUGCGCAACAAUAUUGCUGUAUUUAUAGAACCCGUGUAA